UUCACGCAGGGCCGCAUUCGCGUGUCAGUGUGGUUGCUUGUGUUGCAGAUUGAGGACAUCUUUGAAGUUGGUGUGAAAGUCAAAGUAACUUUUGCUUUGUAAGGAUGCUUUCUUUUAGAAGAUGCAUAUUCCUUGGGUUCUUGGUGGCAGGAUUGACAUUACUUUGGGUUAUAAAACAUCCAAGAAUGACAUCGGUGGCUGAAGGAGCUGGUGAUGUUCAGGUCAAGCCCAAAGCAGACAAGAAAGCUGUUGAUCUGACAUCUGGAGAACUGCCCAACAUUGAUGCCAGUCAGAUAACAGUUACUGCCAGCCAGAUUGAUGUGGAUGGUGUAAAGUUACAUCAUGCCAUAGCCCAGCCACAAUCACCUGUUCCUGGGGCAGUUUCAUUUCUGCUCUUACAUGGAGCUGCUUUCUCGUCAGAAACCUGGCAUGAGCUUGGAACUCUGCAGACAUUGGCAGCUCUUGGGUAUACUGUCAUUGCUAUCGACAUGCCUGGACCUGGUUUCCGCCGCUCACGGACGGAGGGUAACGGGCCGACGGACGCAGCUGGCCGCGCGACGUUCCUGGACGCUGUGCGCCGCUCACUGCACCUCGGCGACCGGGUGGUGGUCGUUUCGCCGUCGCUGUCGGGCCAGUUUUCUAUACCGCUACUGUUGCAGCAGCCCAGCUGGCUGGCCGGAUACGUGCCCGUGGCGCCCGUCGGCACUGAACAAAUCACCCCGACCAAUGCUGCAGACAUCAAGGUGCCGACGGUGAUAGUGUACGGCUCGAAAGAUCACGAUCUGGGCGAGUCAUCGGAGCGCGUGCUCUCUCAGAUCGGCGGCUCAUCGGUGGUGGUAGUGCCGGGCGGAGGGCACCCGGCCUACCUGCACAACCCGACACUCUGGCACCGCGUACUCUACAACUUCGCACGCCGUUUGCAGCCCGCCGCUUGAGGUCCCUCUGCUGAUCGACAGUGUGGAGCGGGCGAUUGAGCGGUGUUUAUAAUCGAUCACAAAUUAUUGGGGUGUUGCAUAUGAAAUGAUACCUAUCGAGGUGGAUAUGAGGACUUCGAACAAUGACGAUAUCGAGCUGCAUAUCGGACCAAUGGCGCGCUAGCAUUUACAGCGGGCUUUGUGCCGGAGUCGAGAACAGAUAAUUCGCCGCAGAGCUUAAACUGUCUUAUUACACUGCUGCUAAGGUUGCCGACAAGAAGGCAGGUAGUGCUCUUAUGUUGAAUGUUUUAGUGCUAUGUGAUUGCGAACGGAAAAGUUAUGCCCUGCGUGAAACCAGUUAGCUAAGAGGGGAAUGGGUUUCGCGAUUGUCUUAUUCGUGCUGUGAAAGGCUGAUGUACGUAAUUGGCCUGUGAUAUGUCGUGGGACACCACCAUCAAAUAUACACAUAUCUAUUUGCAA